GUUACGUUGUGGCCGACCACGAGUUUAAUAAUGUUUUGCGAUGAGAAAUAUCUUGAAAUUUGUAGUGAAAAAACCCUCCAGAUCGAUAAAGAAGGUUUCUUUUUACAGUUUGCGAAAACAGUCGCUGAAAAUGUUGGUGAAAAAUGGGUAAAAAACGUUUUUGGUAAAUUGAAAACAGACAGCGAACGAAUUAGGGUUAUUUAUGAGAAUGACGAGAUUAAAGACUACACAAUCGGGUUUUUAUCAAACGUGCAAGAAAUUUACCGAAAAAAAUCGCCCGAAAUCGCUUCAAACCGCUUCUCCCAAGCUGAAACAUCCGAAAAAAGUGGCGACACGAAAAAAGCCCUAAAUUUAUACAACCAAACAAUACUAAAAUCCCCAGAAUCAGACCCGACUCUCGCCUUGGCUUUGGUCAGGAGAGCCAACCUUCUAGUCACCCUAAACGAAUUUUCCUACGCUUUGACUGACACUCAACUCGCCCUAAAACUAAAAGUCCCCAGUAAUGUCAAAUUUGACGUUUUUUCAACCAUGGCUAUGUGUAACAAAGCCUUGAAGGAUGAAACUAAAGCACAAAUUUCGCAAAAUUUAGCUGAAAAAAUGACAAAUGACCCGAAUCUAGUAGACAAGCUACGUCACAACAUGGCCGUUGAAUAUGAACCAAUCAAACGCGAGGUGAAAGUAAUUCCACCAAUCGGCGAACGCCAUACUCACUUUAGCCACGCUUCGAGCAAAAUCACAGUGAAAAAGUCCCCAGAUUUGGGCCGUUAUGUUGUCAGCAAUGCCGAUAUCAAAACUGGGGAAAUUCUAGUUGCCGAACCUGCCGCUGUGGCAUGUCUCAACCCUGACAAGUUCGGUACGCAUUGCCAACAUUGUUUCGCCCGACUUUUAGCACCCGUAGGUUGCCCUCACUGUUCCAGUGUCGCUUUCUGUAGCCCGAAAUGUCGCGACGACGCCAUUUUGACGUAUCACAAAUACGAAUGCAAAUUUUUCGACUUGUUACUAGGAUCUGGAAUGAGUGUUUUAUCAUUAAUGGCGUUACGAAUCAUCACACAACAGAAUUUGACACAAACACUUGGCAUUUAUGACAGAAAAGACACUAACGCCCUCUAUAAUUUAUGCACGAAUGAAACGAAACGUCAAAAUUGUGAUUUCCUGCAACGGAGUUUAAUGGCGGCGUUUCUGUUGCGUUGCUUACAGAAAAGUGGUUAUUUUGGGGGAAAUGACACAGUAGUGCCAACCCAAACCGAAUACAAGGUUGGCGAAAUGUUACUACAUUAUUUACAAAUCUUACAAUUUAAUGCACAUGAAAUUUAUGAAACUUUGUACGACGAAAAACACAGUUUGAAAAGUGCCAAAAUGGUCAAUAUUGGGGUUGCUGUGUACCCCACAGUGGCACUUUUUAACCACGAAUGUUACCCGAGUGUCACACGGUAUUUUAUUGGGAAAACUAUCGUAAUCGUUUCAAUUCGCCCUUUGACCGGGAAUUUGUCAAUUUCAGAGAAUUAUGGCCCAAUUUUCACACGAAUUAAAUUACCUCAACGACAGAGAACCCUCUCAGGGCGUUAUUGGUUCAAUUGUCAAUGCCAAGCCUGCCUCGAGGACUGGCCUUUGCUCUCAAACGAAUCAAAUUACGUCAAACGUUUAAAAUGCCCAAACUGUUCGUUUUUGUUCCCUGUUUUCCCCGAAAUUGAAAAAUGUCCCAAAUGCCAAACGAACAUCUCUUUUAGGGAAUUAACCGACAAGUUGGAUUGGUGCAAAAAUCAGUUUCAAACCGGAAUUGAUUUGGUUAAAACCGAAAGGAGGGAUGAAGCAAUUCCGGUUUUGUGUCAAGCUUUGGAUACUUUUCAUCGGGUGUCAGCGCCACCUCAUGGUGAAACUCAUCGUGCACAAGAGGCCUUAAGGAUUUGUUUAGCCGAUCAGGGGAAUAGUUUCGAUUGUCUUGUUUGAAUAAAUUGAUUUAAAAAAUUAACAAAAGUGUGGUGAUUAACUCGAAGGGUGAAUUUGUUUGAUUUUUGUGUUAUUGAUUGGGUGUUAAAUGGGUAAAAACGCAAAAUUAUCGAAUGUUUGAGUGUUUUGUCGAGGUAAACAGUCGACUAUUAUUGUCAGUAGCGACACGUGGCGUCUUAUCACAAAUUUAGUGAUUCUAGAUAAGAGAUAGAUUAAAAAUGUGAUCGUUUUUUCGAAAUAAAAUUUCUGGAAAUUU